AUGGAAAUGGUUAAUGCUGUCAGUAAAUGUUUCCGAAGGAAGAAUGUUGAGUGGUUGGAUCUGGAAUCUAAUGGUGUGGUCGAUAAUAUACUUUCAGGGCUUCCUGUCAAGUGCCUUCUAAAUGUUAAGGCUGUAUCUAAAUUCUUGCAUGGUUUGAUUCAUAGUCAAGCCUUCAUUGGAUUGCAUUUAAGUCGGUCAAGAGAAAAUGCCAAGUAUAUAUUUUUCCCUUUUAUGCCAAUUAACAGAAACAUAUAUUUCGUUGAUGCUGAUGCGGGAGUCACUGAGACAAUCAGUCUUCCUACUGAUGAGCGUCUAUCACCUCUUAGCAUGGUUUGUUCCUAUAAUGAAUGUAGCCCAUCGGAAGAGGACCUAGGCAUUGGUGUUGCCUUUGGGCCAGAUAUCUGUGAGUAUAAAGUAUUUCGGUUUUUCUGUUCCAAAUCCAAUUCUGAAAUAGUCCUUCCUGACCCAGAGGAUGUGCUAUCUUGGAGUUUGCAUCCCGAAACUAGACCUGAAACAGUACUCCCUCCGGAGUGUGAGAUAUAUUCAUCCAUAACAGGAGCCUGGCGUUGUAUAGGUCAUGUUCCGCAUCGUCCUAUGGGUGCACAUCACGUAUUUGUUAACGGAAAAGUUUAUUGGUUUAUUCCCUCAGAAGAAAAACAUCAUGUCCCUGGUUCCAUUCUUUCAGUUGAUAUGUUGGAACAUUUUGAAGUUAUUGGGCUUCCAGAGCCACUCACAGAAAUCUCCUACUUAAUUGAUUUUGAAGGUUGCUUAUCAGUAGUCGCGGUUUCUAAAAAAGAUGAGCCUGUGGUUAUUUGGAUUUUAAAGAGUGAAAAUGAAUCUGUUUGGGAGAAGAAAUGCAGUGCUUCUAUUCCUUACAGAGGAAUGAUGAAGGUAGUGGACACUUUGCUGGGGAGGUGA